CCCACUCUCAAAACGUGAGUUAUCUGUCCUUGGCGACCGCUAUUAAAAACAUAAUGCGCAUGUGCUGGUCAACGCGUAUCUACUUCCGGGAAGUGUCGCGCCAGUGCGGCAAAUGUCAAGAAUGCCGUCAAAACAGCGAUACUGUUGUAUUUGUAGUAAUCAUUGUAAGAAAUUUGCGAAUGGCCGGAAGAUCACUAUGCACAGAUUCCCUGCAGAUAUACGACUGAGAAGGGUUUGGAUUCAAAGAUGCAAGCUUGUCCGUUCCAACUUCAAAUACACAAGAAAUGACAGCACCAGAUUAUGCUCGGAACACUUUUACGGCGGGGAGGGACCGAGUAAGCUUCAUCCUUUGCCAACUGUUUUCCCAAAGAAGACAUUCAAACUUUCGAAUGUGUCCCAUCUUGUCCAUGGAACUACAUGUGAGACCGAUUUGGAUCAUGGUCUUGGUGAGAACAUGGAUAUUGAUGAUGUUAAUGAGAUUGCUUUGCAUAUGGAGGAUACAAGUAUGUGUGAUGUGUCAGCAGAGAAAUCAGAUUCACCUGCAGGACUUUUAUCAAGACUUGAACGUUCCCUUAGUCACCAUGACUACUGUGGUUCCCAAAUGUUGACCAGUCUCUCUGUGAAUAAAUGUACCCAAACAUUUUCGGAACCUGUUACAUCAGCUGGAACUCAGACAUUUGACAAUGAAAUUAUCUAUUGCAAUGCAAGCACUCAAACAUAUGAUUCAUUGAUGCACAGUGUUGGUAUUCAAGUUGACAAACCAACAUUGACCUAUGAGGAUAUCAGGUGCUCUGAUGAAAGUGUUAUGUUCUACACUGGAGUUCCAGAUUCAUCAACAUUUGAGGCUUUGUUUGAUGAAAUGUAUGAUGAUGAGCAGGUUUACUCUGACACAUCUGAUGGUGGGAGACCACAUGCUUUGAGGCAGAUAGAUGAAUUUUUCAUGAUUCUAAUGAGAUUGAGAUUAGGACUGUUACUAGAUGAUUUGGCAUACAGAUUUAGAAUUUCACGUGCAACAUGCGGCAGACUCUGCAACAAGUGGUUUGACUAUUUGUAUGUUCAACUCUCGUUUUUGGUGCAAUGGCCAAGUAGGGAGAAUGUUAAUGCAACAAUGCCAGAUUCAUUUAGUACAAAUUACCCAACCACUAGAGUUGUCGUAGAUUGCACAGAGAUAUGGACAGAGACACCUAGUUCACUUCAGCUACAGUCACUUUUAUACAGUGACUAUAAGUCACAUAUGACCUACAAGGCUUUGAUUGGGAUAAGUCCAGCUGGUGUUGUAACAUUUUCUUCAGAUUUGUAUUGUGGUAGUAUCAGUGACAAACAGAUCACCAAACUUAGUGGCCUUGUUGAAUUGUGUGAGGAAGGUGAUGCUAUCAUGGCAGACAAAGGUUUUCUCAUCUCUGAUUUUACUACACCUAGAGGUAUUGAUCUAAUCAUUCCCCCCAUUUAAAACUAAAAAGCAACAAAUGACUCAACAUGAGGUGAAUGUAACCAAGAAAAUUGCCAGUUUGAGGAUUCAUGUUGAGCGGCAAAUGGAACGAAUUAAAAACUUUCGCAUCUUACAAGGUACUAUUCCCAUCACAAUGGCUUCCCAGGUAACAAAAAUAUGGCAUAUAUGUGUUUGUUUGACAAAUUUGCAACCACCUCUUGUUCUUAAAUGAUAUAAAUUUGAAUGAAUUUGUUCGGGGUUCGGAGUACAUGUAACUUCAAUGAUUUGCAGAUUAUUUCUUGAAAUGUUAGAAGACUUAAAAAAACUUAAACAUAAUGACUUGGUGAAUUAUUUUAGUUUGUUUGACAUAGUCAGCCUUUUUUUUUAGACCUUCAUUAGGCCUGCAACAUAUUUUUCAGACAUUUUUCACUUUGGUCUCUUUGAAACGCUUAGGAAUAUUUUGAUAACGGUCAGGUAACCCCCUGUUAUUACAAGCUACUAAUUAUUACCUCAAGCCCUGUUCUGUUAGCUGUACUCACUCCACUGCAACUGGAUUAACUACUACUAUUAACUAACUUGUUAGGUCAGGUGUUGGUUGUGAGUAGGUGUCUAACAGAACUUAUAGAUAGGUAUAGAUAAUAGAGCAUCACUGCUCAGUGAUCAUUAUUGAUCAGUAGAUGAUCACUGUUGCUAAUAAUUGACAAAACAAAUACGAAGAUUCUAUAUUUAUUUACAUUCACAAAUAUAUUAAUUCCUGUCUUGACACAUUGUCUGAAUGCAGUGUCAGGUAAGUUGUUUUACACAACAUCCGCAUUGUCCAUCAUAUGUACAAUGACACACAGGUAUAUAUUGUCAAUAAGAACAUUUACAUUUUUUUACAAGAAACCUAUUUUUUUUUGCUUUAUCUGUAGUAUGUGAAUGCCAUUAGAACAUUACUAUAAAGCUGACAAAUUUGUAGCUUUAUUGGUAGAGCAUGUCAUUCAACAAAUGUAAUAUUGACAAAUGUGUUAAAUACUGAAAUAAUAGUGUGCUUGAAAAUGUGCCUUUCUUUAUUUUUAUUAUACAAUGCACCAGUUAUGAAAGGAUGUGAACUGUGAACAGUUAACCUUAAAGGGAGAUAAUUUAGCAAAACUACUUUGUAGUGCGUUUUCAGUUGUGGCAGGUUUUAGUGAUGCUCUAGGUAUCCAUAUGCAAAUACCAAAUUGUGAUGUUUCAUAUUAUUAACGUUUGUCUUUACAACAUAUAUACUGGUACAGAGGCCUCAAUACUACAAGAAAGAUUUCACUUGACUCUGUAGCACUGAAUGGUUCAGGAAGUUCCAUAAGUAUAUUAUCUCUCUAGCUGUUAAACAGCUAUCCAUGUUGUUGAAAGUGAGUCAGUAUUGAUCUGCACACAGUUAUCAGUUCACCAAUAAAAUAAUUUUAGUGAUC